CCAGCGACCUUUUCCAAAUAUGACGAAGGCCUUUCGUUUGAAUUGACGGUGCGGGUGCGGGAAUCCUCGACAUGUUAAACACUAUCGGUGCGGUGGUGGUGGUGGCCGUUGUGUUCCUUGGGGGUGCGAGGACGUUGCCCAACGAGAAACAGGCGCAGGAACUGAUUUUGUUGGAUAGUCUGGGGAAGAGAGGCGGAGUCGUCGCUAGCGAUCAGGACACUUUGGUCGAUAUGCUCGGCAGAAUGAUUCCCCAAUCUUGCCGCUACAGGGGCGUCAAAUACGAAUGCGGACUGAGCAUCAGCUGCGUUCUCGGGGGCGGCAAGCCGCUCGAUUUAUGCUCGGGGGGCAUGAUAUGGGCGUGCUGCGUUGACAGGGACGUCUCCUCGUCCUCAUCGAACUCGCUUGGGCAUCAGUCGGACGUUGGCAUACUUAGCAACGCCAGCUGCGGAGAACUGCACACCCGCAGCAACAGGAUCGUGGGAGGACACUCGACAGGAUUCGGGUCGCAUCCUUGGCAGGUGGCCCUGAUCAAGACGGGUUUCCUAACAAAAAAACUCGCUUGCGGCGGAGCCCUGCUCGACGAUAGGUGGAUUGUUACCGCCGCACAUUGCGUCGCGACGACAGCAAACGGGAACAUCAGGAUCCGGUUGGGCGAGUGGGACGUCCGCGACCAAAACGAAAAAUUAUCCUACGAGGAAUACACGAUCGAACGGAAAGAAGUCCACCCGGCAUAUUCGCCAACUGAUUUUAAGAACGACGUCGCUCUUGUCAAACUUGAUAGGAAGGUCAGAUUCAAACAGCACAUCUUACCGGUUUGCCUGCCCCCCACUGCUAUUAAAUUGCCUGGCAAAAUGGCAACAGUGGCAGGCUGGGGUAGGACCAGACACGGGCAAGCGACCGUGCCGUCGGUUCUCCAGGAGGUUGACGUGGAGGUCAUCUCCAACGAUCGGUGCCAGAAAUGGUUCCGAGCGGCUGGUAGACGCGAGAUCAUCCAUGACGUCUUCCUCUGCGCAGGAUACAAAGAAGGAGGGAGAGAUUCCUGCCAAGGAGAUUCCGGUGGUCCGUUGACGAUGACGGUCGAUGGCAGGAAAACGCUUAUCGGUUUGGUGUCGUGGGGCAUCGGGUGCGGUAGGGAACACCUACCGGGCGUCUAUACGAACAUUCAGAAAUUCGUGCCUUGGAUAGGAAAGGUCAUGCAGCCUUAGUGUCGCUAAACACUAAUAAUUUAUUUAAUUUAAAAGAUUGAUACCAAAAACUAUCACUCCGUGUAUUGUUACUUAAGAAGUUGUUGUUAAAAAGCGUGCCAAGGGAAAACGAAAGCAAUAAUUGGCUGAGGUGGUACAAUGAGUCUUCUUAUUUCUUCUUUUCAUUUCUAUGGUCUGGUACGUCCCAGACAACGUUGACGACUGCACCAUCUAGUACUAAAGCUACUAUAACACUAGGCACAGAAAUAAUGACACGCACGACAUCAUCGUGGUCCCCUUUUUAGUUUCUCUGUAAUUUAUGCCAUGGAUGACCAAUUGCAUCAGCGUGGUCAUCAGUUGAAAAAAAAACGCGCUGUAGGAGCACGUCCUAACCUCAUUUUUUUUAACCAAGAAUAUGUUUUUGUUGGUUGACUUUUGCUGCUUAUGUUAUUCUCCAAAUCAAUGAGUUUGUAGUUAAAUAAAUAUGUGGAUCGAAAGCAAUCGCGGUGGAGAGAGAAUACAAUGCAGCGCGCGUAGCGCGUUUUCAGCAAUAUCGAAAAAUAAGUUUGGUGAUGCGGUUACCAUUCAACACGGUCUCACGUGGUUGUCGUAUUUACACAACCAUGGGGUUGCGGCAUUUUGGGUAGAGAAAUUCCGUAAAUGUUUGAAUUUUGACACGUUUCGUUGUUUAAAUUAAGUGCUUCAUAAAUUAAUGACACUCACUUGUAUAUGCGUAACACAAAUUUUACUGAUCGCUAGCUGAAUUUAAUUAUAUUUAACGUUAAUUUUUAAAUUUUAAAAUUCUUAAAUUUGUAAAUCUGUAUCAGAUA